UGCGUUCACGCAACUGAUUGAGCCUCAUUAAGGCUAAUUCAAUCAAGAAUUAUAAAGCCAAGUCUCAGCUUUCAUAAAUUUGUAUCGUGGAAUGCCCUUCAAUCCCCUGGUGUACAUCUACUUAGACCUCAGAGGAUCAUCUCCUGCUAGUGCCGUAAUAUGUCGUCUGGUCAUAAACUGUUUGUGCUCCAGUGUGUUUUCUGUAAACUAGAUGAUUUGCAUCUUCAUCAAAGAGGGAACAAAAUGUAAAACACAAAUGUGUUCUUUUUCGCUACUCCUGUUGAUUUCACCGUACUCUGUUCUUUCUAGACAGAAAACGAGGAAGCUGCUGUAUCUGGUAAUGACAGAUGUACAAAAUGGAAGAGAUGUCCCAGGCUGUCCAGGAGCCCUUAGAGAAGAAAUAUAAAUGUGAAGACGAGGUCCCAGAAAAAAGGAACACAAAUGAAGAAUGGGAGAAUACAACACUACCCAAGAGCCUGGUUUGCAAAGAUACCACAGAGAUAAGUAGAGUAGUCGUUAAGGAAGAGGACUGUGAGUGGGAAUCUGUUGGCAUCAAGGAAGAGACUGAGCAGAAAUCUGUCAGCACUCACACACAAAAACUCGAAUGUAUGAAUGUUGUCAAAGAAGAAGACCUUAAAACAGAGUAUCUUCCUCAAUAUAUGUAUUCCGAUGAAGAGGCCACAGGCUUAGGCUUCACGCCGAGUGGACCCUGCUCCCUCCAGGAUCAUUCUGUCCAAGUGAAGGCCAAGUCACUGAAGUCUAGCAUGAUGGGAACUGAGGAGGCAUCAUGUUCAAGUUUUCCUGAAGAAUAUACUCAGAAGAGGAGCAGCACCUCCCUCUCUUCAUUUUCCAAGUUCUUUGUUCAUCGCAUUCACAUACUGUGUGAUGAAAAAGUGAAGCAACCAAUGUCUGGAUCAGGGAGUUUGUUACCAAGCACUUUGCAGAUAAAUGGCAAAUAUAAUUAUAAAGAUCAUCCAGAAAUUCAUAAAAGACAAAAGCAAUACUGCUGCACUAAAUGUGGGGAACGAUUCUCUGCAAAGAGCAGCCUUCAGAGCCAUGCCGUCAUUCACACUGAGGAGAGGCCUUAUGGCUGUUCUGAAUGUGGUAAACGCUUCACUAAGAAACGCUAUCUUCACCACCAUGGUAGAAUUCACACUGGAGAGAAGCCUUAUAGCUGUUCUGAAUGUGGAAACCGAUUCACUGAUAGGAGCACUCUUGAGCAACACACAAGGAUUCACACUGGCGAGAAGCCAUAUUGUUGUUCUGAAUGUGGGAAGCGAUUCUCAAAUGGCAGCAGUUUUAAGCGACACAGAAGAAUUCACACUGGUGUGAAGCCUCAUUGCUGUUCUGAAUGUGGGAAAAGAUUCUCACUAAAAGCACAUCUUCAGAGACAUACAAAAAUUCAUACUGGAGAGAAGCCGUAUUGCUGUUCUGAAUGUGGCAAACAAUUUACUGACAAACGGGGACUUCAGAGCCACACAAGAGUUCACACCGGAGAGAAGCCAUAUUGCUGUUCUGAGUGUGGCAAGAGGUUUUCACAAAAGAGCAGUCUUCAGAUACACAAAAGAAUUCAUACUGGAGAGAAGCCAUACUGCUGCUCUGAAUGUGGCAAGCAGUUUUCACAACUGACUACCCUUCAGAUACACAAGAGAACUCACACUGGAGAGAAACCAUAUUGCUGUCCUGAUUGCGGCAAGCAUUUUUCUGACAAUAGCAGUUUUCAGAGACACCGAAGAAUUCACACUGAACAGCGCACAAAACAAGCCCUAACGGAGAGCUUAACCCAGGAUAAACCUUAUGGCUGUCUUGAAUGUGGCAAGCGAUUCUCCAUCAGGAGCAGUCUUCAGGCCCACACAAAAAUUCACACUGGCGAAAAGCUAUAUUGUUGUUCUGAAUGUGGCAAACAAUUUACUGAUAAGCGCUAUCUUCCAAAACACACAAGAAUUCACACUGGAGAGAAACCUUAUGGCUGUUCUGAAUGUGGCAAACGAUUCUCUGACAAUAGCAGUUUUCAUAAACACAAAAGACUUCACACUAGAGAGAAGAGCCAGAAGGAGUAAGUUGGAGGGAAAGCGUGAAUGGACAGUUGCCUUCUAACUAGUCAAGUCUUGGUGCAUAUUUUCACACGGUGAGCUUUGCUGUGUGAGGUCUCUACCAAAUCUCAUUACGGCAAAAUGACUUCAACACUGUGAGAAGGAUCCACAAAAGUCCUGAUGGCCAGGAUUAGUUGGCCAUCUCCUCUGCUGCACUAGGGAUGGCAAUGACGGCAACAAUCAGGCAGCGUUUUCAGGUCUAAAGAAGACCUCAGUAUGGUGUGUGGCUGGUUGGACAAGACCUUGGACCACGAUUACAUACCUUAAGCAAGAGGGCAAAAUACACUCCAAACGUCUAUCAUAAAUAAGGAGGAGGCCACUUUUAUGCAAUAAUUCAUGAGUUUCCAACUAAAGGAUAUUUAGAGAAACACAUCCGAUGAAAAUGAGAAUAUAUUGCAAUAACAUCUUAAGAAAAAAUAACAUGAGAAUAAGAAGAAGAUCUAAAAGUGGGGAGAAUAGAAAUGCCAAAACCCGGGAUAAGGAGAAGAGGAUGGACCUCGCAUGGUGUAGCAUUUGUGCCAACAUGAAAGCAUUAGUCAAGUUCAGCCCAAAGGAGGAAGCAAAUAUUUCAGAACUAAACAAGUAUGAAUAAACACACAUGGUUUGAUGGUUAGCCCUCAGACACGACAUGUCCUCAAAAGUAAUGGAUUACAAGGUAACACGUCUGAAGGCAUUCAAAUUAUGAAAGAGAUUAAUACAGCGUUAUUUUAAAAUAGUUUGGAGUACUGUGUACACUUUUGAACUCCAUAUUGCAAAAGAGUUGUAGCAGCAGAGGAGAGCAACUAGGCUGAUUCAGGACUGAGAAGUACAAGCUAUGAGGAGUUGAACAUGGAGGUGACCUGAUUGAAGUGUUUAAAAUUAUGAAGGGAAUUAGUCCAGUCGAUCCUGGCAGUUACAAAAGCAAGAACAUGGGGAAUUACCUGGAGACUUGAGAGUAAAUUUGGCACAAACACUAAAACGUUUCUUACAGGGAGAACAAAAGAUACAUAGGGUGGAGCACGAUGACAACAAAAUUUGACUUGAUUUUCAAAGAGUGAUACACGAAUAAUAAAGUGCUGCGAAAAGAAGAGAUGAAUGUAGACCAAGUUGAAUGUGACUGUGAAGACAUCGUUCCAAAACAAAUUACCCAAAUACUCCAAAAGAACUUUUCCUUGGAAGUCAACAAGGGGAGCACACACAAACAGAAAAACAAAUAAAUAGCAGGACAAUUGACAAAGUUUACUUUAACUCAAUCAACAGGAAACAAAAACAAGAGAAGAAAACAAAAUCAGAAAAUGCACCAGCAGUACAGGAAAUUAAAGAUGAGCUCCUGGAUCUCAUUGAGACGCCUAACAUGUACACCGAAAUCCACAGAAGAGAAAAUAUGCCAGGGGUAUCGUUACACAACACCCUUUGAAUUUUUAGAUCAAAAGUGAACAAGGCCAGAACUAAAACCUCAAUAUAUAAUGGAUGUGCUAUAACAGGAUUCAGUGCCACUCAGAGAAACUCGUCACUUCUAAAGUGAUAGCACAAAGGAACGACAAAAACUACACCGUGCCCUGGGGAAACAAAUUGAAGAGAAAAUAAGAUUCUGCACUGGAAGGUGUCAUUCAUUAACGUGCUUCUAGAAAAAGUACAAUAAAUGAAGUCCCAGUUCUGUACUGUAUAUUAAUAGUUGAGGAAACAUUUGCAAACAACAGCCUUGCCAAAUCAAAGAUGAAAUGCAAUAAAAUUAUAGAGAACGGCUCAUUCUGAGCCAAGCCAAGUAAUUGUCCUUGAUGAUUAUGCAAAACAUCUAAUGAGUAAUUCUACCACCAGACAAAAAUGAAACUGACAGAUUCUGGAUAAAUGUAACAUGAAAUCAGACAAGAAUAAAGAAGCAGAGUGAAUAUGCCAG